CCGCCACGCCAGUGAGAGAAAGUUGGCCGCGGCGAGCGAACGAGUCUCGCGGUUUGCGGCGCGCCGCGCACGCUACGAUCGCGCACGACUCGAAUACCGGCGCCCGGCAUCGCUGCCCUUGCACUUCAGCUAAACAAAUGCGGCUGAAUGUCUAUAAAAACUCUAUGAAAAUUUCCGCAUUCUAUGUGUUAUAAUUAUGUAUGUGUGAAUGAAAACUUUUGACAAUUAAUUGGGACUAGGAAUUAGACAGUAGGACUGUUUUUAAAGGACGAUGCAGUGCUAUCCUAAGUUGUCACCUAAGCGAGAGCCAUCCGACGGAGGCUACGAGGGAGAGAUGUUGCCGGGCGCGCGUCGACUUGAGCUACCGGCGCCCCCGGGCAAGGAGUUCCGUGCGCCCGUGCUGAUGCCGCCGGCGCCGAACCAUUCGGUGAUCCAGUGCAUGCGGCCUCCACCUCCACCGCCGCCACCGCCGCCGCCAAGGAUGCUCAAGCCGCCUUCCUUUGAAGAACCUUCCAGCUCCAUUCCAGAUUUAGAAUUCGAUGGAACUACAGUGUUAUGCAGAGUUUGUGGCGACAAAGCCAGUGGGUUCCAUUACGGUGUCCAUUCCUGUGAAGGGUGCAAGGGCUUCUUUCGGCGGUCCAUACAACAGAAGAUCCAGUACAGGCCCUGCACGAAAAACCAACAGUGCUCCAUCCUUAGAAUCAACAGAAAUCGGUGUCAGUAUUGCAGACUGAAAAAAUGCAUCGCUGUUGGCAUGAGCAGAGAUGCCGUCCGAUUCGGACGCGUGCCAAAGCGCGAGAAAGCGCGAAUCCUUGCUGCCAUGCAGCAGUCGUCGACGAGCCGCGCCCACGAGGCACUGGCGGCCGCGGAGCUGGACGACGGCCCCCGGCUGCUGGCGCGGGUGGUGCGAGCUCAUCUCGACACCUGCGAGUUCACCAGAGAACGCGUCGCUGCGAUGCGCAAGCGUGCUCGCGAUUGUCCCACCUAUUCACAACCAACUUUGGCAUGCCCACUAAACCCGGCGCCAGAGUUGCAGUCAGAAAAAGAAUUUUCACAAAGAUUUGCACACGUGAUUCGUGGUGUGAUCGACUUCGCCGGUCUCAUUCCCGGUUUCCAGCUGCUCACUCAGGACGACAAGUUCACGUUGCUCAAGAGUGGCCUCUUUGAUGCGCUAUUCGUGCGACUCAUCUGCAUGUUUGACGCGCCGCUCAAUAGCAUUAUCUGUCUAAACGGCCAGCUCAUGAAGCGGGACUCCAUCCAGAGCGGUGCCAAUGCAAGGUUCCUUGUAGACUCUACAUUUAAAUUUGCCGAGCGUAUGAAUUCUAUGAACUUAACAGAUGCGGAAAUCGGCUUAUUCUGCGCUAUCGUUCUCAUUACGCCUGACAGGCCAGGUUUACGGAAUAUUGAACUAGUUGAGAGAAUGCAUUCAAGACUCAAGGCGUGCUUACAGACUGUAAUCGCACAGAAUAGGUCUGACAGACCUGGCUUCCUUCGCGAGUUGAUGGAUACUCUUCCUGAUUUACGAACACUUAGUACACUCCACACGGAAAAGUUGGUUGUAUUUCGCACGGAGCAUAAAGAGCUGUUGCGGCAACAAAUGUGGGGCGAAGAAGAAGGGGUAUCAUGGGCAGACUCAGUUGCAGAUGAAUCCGCACGAAGCCCUAUAGGGUCAGUAUCCAGCAGUGAAUCUGGAGAAACGGCUGGUGAUUGCGGCACUCCACUUUUGGCCGCAACUCUAGCUGGCAGACGACGCCUCGACUCCCGAGGCUCCGUCGAUGAAGAAGCGCUAGGCGUGGCUCAUCUUGCUCACAAUGGACUCACUGUCACUCCCGUGCGUCCACCGCCACGCUACCGAAAGCUCGAUUCGCCUACAGAUUCUGGUAUCGAGUCUGGCAAUGAGAAACAUGAGAGAAUAGUCGGCCCCGGCUCUGGCUGCUCCAGCCCCAGGUCGUCCCUCGAAGAACACUCUGAGGACAGACGACCAAUUGCACCAGCAGACGAUAUGCCUGUGCUCAAGCGCGUUCUGCAGGCGCCACCUCUAUAUGACGCCGGUUUGCUAAUGGACGAAGCUUACAAACCGCACAAGAAAUUCCGAGCAAUGCGUCGUGACACAGGUGAAGCCGAGGCACGCCCAGUGAGGCCGACGCCGUCGCCGCAGCCACCGCAGCACCCACAUCCCGCGAGUCCUGUACACCCAGCCCAUUCGCCGCGGCCAAUGCGAGCAUCUCUUUCAUCAACGCAUUCUGUAUUGGCUAAAAGUUUGAUGGAAGGCCCACGGAUGACCCCUGAGCAGCUAAAGCGCACAGACAUCAUCCAACAGUAUAUGCGACGCGGUGAGACCAGCGCCGCUGAAGGCUGCCCGCUGCGAGCUGGCGGUCUGCUAACUUGCUACCGGGGUACUUCGCCGGCGCCGCAGUCAGUGCUAGCGCUCCAAGUAGACGUGGCGGAGGCCGAUGCGCCACAGCCCUUGAACCUAUCCAAAAAGUCGCCAUCGCCAUCGCCGCCUCCGCCGCCCCCGCGCUCCUACAUGCCACCCAUGUUACCGGCGUGAGGCCGGCCCGCGGAGCCGCACGUCUCCGCCACCCCACCCCGACCUACUUUAAAUUAAUGAAAAACUAGUUUAAUCGUUCGCAGAUCGUUUUAAUAUAUUAUAUGUGAUAAUUCGUUUAGGACGCGUGCGUGCGUGGCCGGCGCCGGACGAGGAGAGCGCAAUAGACUGAAAAAUAAUUUAAGACUAUAAGUGUAAUUUAUAUGCAAUGCAGCGCCGGUCGCGGUGUGUUUGUGUGUGUAUUGUAUGUGCGUAUGUGAGCGUGCUCAGUCAUUUGUUUGUUAAUAUGACAGGUUGUCGAAUUAAAAUAAAACAAACUUGUAAAAAUUUAAA